ACAUUUUAUCCAAAACAUAAACAUUCAUAUUCUGCAACAUUCCACACUUGCUGCAGUUGCCAGUGAAAAGAGGAAAAGGGUGCAUACAACGGAGAUGCGUUCGUAAAUUGAAACGAUAUUUGCAUUUUGUGGGACGAAAACGGAGGUUCUGCACAACAUACUAAGGAUGGACAAGUUGACGACGAUCAGCGCUGGUCUGUUUAUGGCGGCGGAUGUGUGCGCUAUCGUGAGCUUAGCCAUGCCCGAUUGGAUAGUGACCAGUGUGGGAGGUGAAACGCGCUUGGGAUUGAUGUGGACAUGUAUGACGCUUUACAACCGGCCCCAGGUGUGCUUCACUCCGGAACUACAGCCGGAGUGGCUCAUUGCGCUGAUAUGCAUUUUCGUGGGUUGCAUCUGCAUCACCACCACCAUUAUUCUGCUGGCAUCCAGUAACUGGGAUCGUAAUGUGAUCCCCUACGCACGGUGGGUCGGUUUUACUGCAAUGGUUCUGUUUUGUCUUGCGGCAGUAAUAUUUCCGCUUGGAUUUCACGUGGAUGAAAUUGGGGGACAACCGUACCAUUUGCCACACUCGCAUCAGGUUGGCAUCUCGUACAUCAUGUUCGUGCUGGCCCUGUGGAUCACGGUCAUAUCGGAGCUGUUUGCCGAGAAGGUGUGUCUGCCGCAGUUUUAGGGCUGCCAACAUGCCGGACCGCGCCUAUCGAUGUAUCUCAAUCUGUGCUGUAUUAAUGUCCCCAUGCCGUUCCCCCAUCCCACCCCCAGUGCUUUGUACAUUGAAUCGAUUGAUAAUACUUCUUGAUUUCCUAGUGACGGAAUUGAAUGUCUGUAGACUGUAGGCUGAUAAAACAACCAAAAGAGACACGGAAACAUAGUACUUGUAAUAGCGUUUAGACUUAAGUUAAUGAUUUCAAACUUUGUAUUAGUGAGAAAAAAUAAAAUUGCAGUGCGAUAUUUGUUUUUUACACCA